GAUAAUUAUCGUGGAAUCCCCCGAUAUCGAAACGUUUAUAUCGUGCCCAAGUCUGUUCAAACAGAAUGAUGUGAAAGGUCAUAAUCUAUGUUAUCUUGAGUCGUUUUCGCAAAGCUUCAGCCUCCUCUUCAUGACCACUUCUCUUGUCGCUCCUAAAUCAUUUUUCGAUUAUACCUUGAAGCUAUCCAGAGUACAGAAUGUCAGAUGAUGAGAAUGACGGUCCAUUGACCGCCGAUGAAGAACGGGAAUGGGAGGAGAUGGAACUCAACCGAAUUCGACAACGAAAACUCGCAUUUCAGUUCGAUGGGACUCCGACUAAUCUCCGUCAUCAUCAAUGGCUGGUAAAUAAGCGCCAGCGGAAGCAUCAAAAACUGGAGAAUGCAACGAAUGCGAAACCUAAAACCCUGAAUAGCUCUGAGGAGCGGGCCGCACUUAAUAUCGAGCAGCUGGGAGAACCAAGGAGUCGACUAACUGGUAUUAUCAAUCCAGCGGAAGAAAUUGUGAGUCUUUUCAAUUGCAAUCCGAGCUGUGAUGAACUAACAACCGUGAGUCACGGUCUAUGGAAUUAGUCGCAAUAUCUUCUGAGGGAGAGGUUCUGAACCAGAUGAACGUCAACCUGCAUUCCCCUAGAAAGGAUGAAUGGUUCGGAAUAGUGGCGAUUAUUGAUUCGGGGACUGAAGAGAACUGGAUAUCCGAAGCAAUCGUGACGGAAUAUCAAUUAAGGGAAGAAGCGGGAAAUCCUAUUUGUUGCACGGAUUUUGGAGGGGGCCGAAUUGAAUCCGAUAGAUGUGUCAAACUUACUUGGCGAAGAGAACGAGCAAAGAAGACAGAGAGGGCAUAUUUUCAUGUUGGGAAGGAUGCACCCUUCGAUGUACUUUUCGGUAGUAACAUCGUGCGUGCUGCCCCAGCUCUUUUCAGAGCAAAUACCACUGAGCCUGCCUUAGUCCUAGUACAAGACAUGCCCAGCGUAAGGUUUUCCUCUUCCUGGCGUUGGCUGACCUCUCGCUGCAAUCUGCUAAUAUGGAUGUGUUUAGAAUACUGAGAAAAGAACAAUUGAGCAGAACAGGACUGAACACAGGGCUCGGUCUCAAGCUGUAGCUGAGAGGGCGAAAGAAAAACAACAGAUCGCUAAACGAAAGCAAAAUGGGAUGUUACAGAAGGACAAAGAUUUGCCAGAAAAGAGUCCUUAAAGAAGCCUAUAAUGAAGGAAUACGUAAGAGAGGGGUAUUUGAACGUUUUUGAUAAUAGCAAAGAAUUUAUCUCAUAUACUCACCUAA